AGCCCAAACGCGUGCCACUCGCUCACGAUCAGUCGUAGUGAGAGGACGUCGUAAACAUCUGUUCUGUUUACCGUGUGUGAAGUGAAAAUCGUCCUUCGUUUGUUUUAUUUUUCGUUCAAUAAGAAGGUUGGCAAUUGCUUUUGCACGGAUAAUAGUUAACAUAAAGUGAAAGAUUAACAUUCUGUGCUGUUGGAAAUAUUUGGUGCAGAAGAGCAAUGUUCUCAUCCUUGAGUUCCUAUAUAUGGGGAGGUCCCGAAAGCGGCAGUCCUAUCGAAGAGGUAACCUUCACGAUAAAUGGAAAAUCAUACAAUGUUGAUUCAAAGUCUGUACCGAUUGACACCUCUCUCAACACUUUCAUUCGAAGUCACGCCAAACUUACCGGUACCAAGUUUAUGUGCCUUGAAGGCGGUUGUGGCGCAUGUGUCGUGAACGUAAAUGGCGUCCAUCCGGUUACCAAGGAAAAGUCCUCGUGGGCCGUCAACUCUUGCUUGUUUCCGGUGUUUUCUUGUCAUGGCAUGGACGUACUUACCAUUGAGGGUAUUGGGAAUAAGAAGGAAGGCUACCAUCCUACCCAGCAACGGUUGGCCCAUUUCAACGGAACUCAAUGCGGGUACUGUUCUCCGGGUAUGGUCAUGAACAUGUACAGUCUACUCGAGUCGAAAAAGGGCCAAGUUUCAAUGGAGGAUAUCGAGAACUCCUUUGGGGGUAACAUUUGCCGCUGCACCGGUUAUCGGCCUAUUCUGGAUGCAUUCAAGUCACUGGCGGUCGACGCGAAUAGUAAAUUGGUGGAAGCAUGCCGUGAUAUUGAAGACCUCGGUAAGAUCUGCCCAUCGACGGGUGAAAUCUGCUCUGGCAAAUGUUCUGCAAUGGAAAAUCAAGUCACAAAGCAACAACCGUUACGUAUGGUUUUUGCAAACGAAUCCGAGUGGCAUAAGGUGUACAAUUUGAACGAUAUUUUUGCGAUUUUUGACCAAAUUGGAGAGAAACCGUAUAUGUUAGUGGCUGGCAACACUGCGCAUGGUGUUUAUCGCAGAAAUGAAAACCUUCAAAUUUUCAUCGAUGUCAACUCCGUCGACGAACUUCGUUCGCACUCGCUUGGAGAGGAACUCGUUGUGGGUGGAAACGUUGCGUUGACUGAUUUUAUGACCAUUCUCACGGAUGCUGCCAAUAAGAACAAUAAAUUCAGCUACUGCAAAGAACUGGUCAAACAUAUUGAUCUGAUCGCAAACGUACCGGUUCGUAAUACAGGAACUAUCGCAGGAAAUUUGUGUAUAAAAAAUCAACAUCACGAGUUUCCCUCCGAUAACUAUUUACUUCUAGAAGCGAUUGGGGCUACACUAACGAUUGUUGAGUCUGGAGGAAAAACAACCAUCGUAAAUCCUGCAGAUUUCGUUCAGAUGGAUAUGAACAAGAAAGUGAUCAAAAGUAUUACAUUACCGGCAUUGGAUCCUAGUAUGUACUUUUUCCGUUCAUACAAAAUAAUGCCAAGAGCUCAAAACGCCCAUGCUUACGUCAAUGGAGCUUUCCUGCUGAAGCUAAAUAGUUCCAAAAAUAGCGUUGAAAGUGCACGAAUUUGUUUCGGAGGUAUCAAUCCACAAUUUACUCACGCAUCACAAACCGAAAAACUUUUGGAAGGUACCAAUCUUUUUGAUAACAACACAAUCCAGUCGGCUUUCACGGCGCUAUCCUCGGAGCUGAAUCCGGAUUGGAUUCUUCCGGACGCCUCCAGCGAGUAUCGCAAAAAUUUGGCCAUUUCUCUAUUCUACAAGUUUAUCCUUGCUAUUGUACCUGACGGGCAAUACAAUCUAAAGCCGGAAUACAAAUCGGGUGGUACGUUGCUGGAGCGUCCGUUAUCCUCUGGCAAACAAACUUUCGAUACCUACGAGAAAAACUGGCCUCUGACGAAAAAUGUUCCCAAAUUAGAAGCAUUAGCUCAAACAGCGGGUGAAGCUAAAUAUUGCAACGAUCUUGCGCCACAACCGGGCGAGCUAUAUGCUGCGUUUGUUUUAGCUACUCAGGCACAUUCCAGGAUUGGGAAAAUAGAUGCCUCAAAUUCUUUGAAAUUACCGGGCGUCGUCGCAUUUUUCUCGGCGAAAGAUAUUCCCGGAACAAACAACUUUAUGCCGGCCGGCUUAGGAAACCAGGAUGUCGAAGAGAUCCUCUGCAGUGGAGAGGUCCAGUUCCAUGGUCAACCGGCUGGAGUUAUCGUCGCUGAAACGUUCAACCUAGCACAAAGAGCAGCAAAGGAAGUCACAAUAACUUACGAAAAAAUUUCAAACAAACCGAUCUAUCCAACUUUAAAAUCGGUUAUGGAUGUCAACGCUCAAGAUCGCUUUUUCGACAUUUCAUUCGACAAACGCGGUAACGCCUACCGGGUGGCCAAGGCAGCAACCGCCACGAAAAAUGUAAAAGGUCGAUUUGAAAUUGCCGGUCAAUAUCAUUACACCAUGGAAGCACAGACUUGCGUUUGUGUGCCCAUCGAAGACGGUAUGGAUGUUUACUCGUCCACCCAAUGGAUGGAUCUCACACAGGUGGCAAUAGCCGAGUCGCUCAAAGUUCCCCAGAAUAGUCUUAACCUACAGGUCCGUCGUCUAGGCGGCGGCUAUGGUGCUAAAAUUUCAAGAGCUACAUUAGUAGCUUGCGGUUGCGCAUUGGCAGCACAUUUGACUCAACGUCCUGUUCGUUUUGUGUUACCAAUUGAGACAAACAUGAGAGCAGUUGGAAAAAGAUACGGCUGCAUUAGCGACUACGAUGUGGAUGUUGAAAAAACUGGCAAAAUUACAAAACUGGUUAACAAUUACGUUCAAGACUACGGAAUCUCACUGAACGAAUCUGUUCAAGCUCAAACCACAGAAUUUUCGAAAAAUUGUUAUGACGCAAAGACGUGGAAAAUUGUUGGAAAAGCAGUUAAAACGGAUGCUCCCAGUAAUACAUGGUGCCGAUCACCUGGAACAACCGAAGGCGUAGCCAUGAUAGAAAAUAUAAUGGAGCAUAUCGCGCAUGAAACGGGUCUGGAUCCGUUUGAAGUACGCAUGGCAAACAUGACCAAGGACAACAAAAUGCAAGAAUUGAUGCCACAGUUUCGUAGAGAUGUAGAGUAUGACGAACGCAAGCGAACAGUCGAUGAAUUUAAUUCACAUAAUCGCUGGAGAAAGCGUGGUAUUGCUAUAAUUCCGAUGCAGUAUUGGUUGGAGUAUUUUGGACAGUUGAAUGCUAUCGUAUCAAUUUUCGCUGGAGAUGGAACAGUUUCCGUUACCCACGGUGGCAUUGAGAUGGGGCAGGGUAUGAACACUAAGGUUGCACAAGUCACGGCCUACAAAUUGGGGAUUGCUUUGGAGAAAGUCAAAGUGAAACCAUCCUGCACUAAUACUUCACCUAAUGCGAUUGUUUCAGGUGGAAGUAUGACCAGUGAAGCCGUUUGCUAUGCAGUUAAAAAGGCGUGUGAAAUGUUGCUGGAGCGAAUUAAACCUAUUCGUGAUGCCAACCCGGGCGCACCCUGGGAGAUGAUUGUCAAACUGUGUUAUGUCAAAAACGUUGAUUUAUGCGCUGAAGCACAGUACAAGGCAGAAGAUUUAAAGUCGUACUACAUUUGGGGACUCAGUUGUGCUGAAAUAGAGGCAGAUAUCCUAACAGGAAAUGUUCAAGUUAAACGUGUGGAUAUCUUGGAAGAUACAGGAGAAAGCAUGAGUCCCGGUAUUGAUGUGGGACAGAUUGAAGGAGCAUUUGUGAUGGGCAUUGGAUAUUAUCUGACUGAGGCGCUGGUAUAUGACAACGAAAACGGCGCUAUCAUGACCGACCGUACUUGGACGUACAAACCACCUGGUGCUAAGGACAUUCCGAUUGAUUUUCGUGUCAACUUUUUGCAUAGAAGUGCCAACCCAGCAGGGGUGCUAAGAUCAAAGGCGACAGGCGAACCGGCACUUAACAUGGCGAUUGUCGUUUUGUUUGCCUUGCGCUAUGCAAUAAGAUCGGCGAGACUCGAUGCCGGUCUGCCAGAUGCCUGGAUUCCCCUCGGUACGCCUACGACUCCGGAUCAGGUUUAUCUGCUUUCUGGUAAUACCAUUGAACAGUUCAUGCUGAACUAAAGUGCUUGGUAACCAUUAUUGUUUGUGAAACAUUGUUAUUUUGCAAAAGUGCUUAUCUUACGUUUCGGUGCUGGAAAUAGUUUGUUCAACAGUUAAUAUUCUGUUUUUGCACAUUAAAUAGUAUGAAA